AUGGCGAAUCUUGAUCCACUGCGCCAACUGAUUCAGUCGCACCCACUCAUCGACAACCAUGCCCACAACCUGCUGAAACGCGAGUCGGCCACUGACUACGACACAUACCCACUGGAGGCCAUCGUCUCCAAAGCCCACGGUCGGGCACUAGAAAAUUCCCGCACCACUCUACCCUUGCUGCGAGCCACAAACCAGCUUGCCGAGCUAUAUGGCAGUCCCUGCGCAGACUGGGACGAGGUCCAAUCCGCCCAUGAUCGAUGCGUGCGGGAGGACUAUGAUGGCUUGAUCCGCAAAUCGCUCGAAGGCACACACACAUUGCUACUCGAUGACCUUCUCGGCGAUGACGAAGACAUCGAAUCUUCCAGCUGGCACGAUAGCUUCACAGUUUCGCCAACCAAGCGAAUCGUGCGGAUCGAAUCCGUAGCAGAGUCCCAGAUCCUGCAAAUAGCCAGCAGCGAGCGGAAGCCCGGCGAGACAGUCUGGAAUAACUUCCGCCAGCGAUUCCAGGAUGCUAUCUCCGAGGCCUUGGACGAUCCCAACGUCGUGGCCUUCAAAUCCGUCGUGUGCUAUCGCACCGGAUUAGACGUGGACCCGUAUUCCUCUGAUGAUCUCACACUGGGCGGCUCAUUGCUGCGCACCCUCGAUUCCGGCACCACAAGAUCCGGGUUCCGAGUCGAGGAUAAGCCGCUGUGUGACUGGCUUGUCCAGCAGACAUUGAAAGCGAUCUCGUUUAAGAAGAAGGCGGGGGUCUCAAAACCGCUUCAGUUCCACACCGGCUUGGGAGACAACGAUAUGAAUCUUCUGCGAGCCAAUCCCGCCUACUUGCAACCUUUGAUCGCGCAGUAUAAUGAUGCUGAUGUUGUGCUGCUGCACUCUGCGUACCCGUAUACACGUGAAGCGGGCUAUCUUGCCUCCGUCUAUCCUAAUGUCUAUCUUGAUCUUGGUGAGGUUUUCCCCAUGGUCAGCCGAGAGGGACAGGAGAAGAUCCUCCGGGAAAGCCUGGAGCUCGCGCCUACAAAUCGUCUGCUCUGGAGCACUGAUGGUCAUUUCCAUCCUGAGUCUUUGUGGUUGGCGAAUCGCCAAUUCCGCCAGGCUCUUGAAAAGGUCCUUGUAGACUAUGUCCAGCAUGGCGACUAUACAAGCCCCCAAGCCAUGAAGGUUGCUGCCGAUAUUCUUUUCUACAAUGCCAACCGCCUUUACAAACUCAACUUGACUCCAUGCUGA